UAAUUUUUUUUUUUAAUACUGAUUUAUCUCAUAUAAAAAUAAAAUAAAAUCAGAGAAUAGGGGAAAAAGCCCUUUGAGUAGCUCACAACACAUCAAACAAACAGAGAGCCGAAAGAUUGCAUUGGUUGAAGAGAAAAAAUAGAUCGGAAAAAAUGAGCGGAACAGUGAAGAAGAUCGCCGAUGUAACAUUUAAGGCAGGCAAAACUAUUGAUUGGGAAGGAAUGGCUAAGCUUUUGGUAACCGAUGAAGCUCGUAAGGAGUUUUCUAAUCUCCGUCGUGCUUUUGAUGAUGUUAACUCUCAGCUCCAAACUAAGUUCAGCCAGGAGCCUGAGCCCAUUAACUGGGAAUAUUACAGGAAAGGAAUUGGUUCUCGCUUGGUAGACAUGUACAAAGAAGCCUAUGAAAGCAUUGAGAUCCCCAAGUUCGAGGACACAGUUACUCCUCAAUACAAACCCAAGUUUGAUGCCCUGUUGGUGGAACUGAAAGAAGCUGAGAAGCAAUCUCUCAAGGAAUCUGAAAGAUUAGAAAAGGAAGUUGCUGAAGUGCAAGAGUUGAAGAAAAAACUCAGUACCAUGACAGCAGAUGAAUACUUUGAGAAGCAUCCUGAGUUAAAGAAGAAAUUUGACGAUGAAAUUCGAAAUGAUUACUGGGGCUACUAAUUGGCUUCAUGAGCAGUUUUCUGGAUCCUCUUGUGGGGGGUAUUCUCUGCGUUCAUCUGUUAGAAAUAAAAUGAAAGAACCAAUUGGUUUGUCAUUUCAUUUGCUGCGGUAUUUUGAAGAAUGUGAACUGAUACAAUGUACUUUGGCUCUGAACAAAUGCAGUCUCGAGUUGGAGGCAAAAGAUAUCUUGAAUGGAUGAGUUUUAUCAUAAUUCCAUAACUGAAGAAAUCUUGAAUUCUUUGAUACUGAAAUGCUCACCAUUCAGUGUGAAUUCUUUCUUUUUUCUGACCUACUAAAUGCAAAGACAGGUUUCAUUUCCA